AUGGGUUUUAGACUUAUGAUUGUAAUGGUCAUGGGACUGGGAGCAAUGUACAUGUUACAUCUGUUAGCUCAGGAUUGGGAUAAAAUACGACAGCCAUUGCCUCCACGUGUCUCACGUCUACUCACCGGUGCCAGUGCCAGCCUUAACAAUUACAUAGUGCGUGGCAAACGGGACCUAAGUCUCGGCCAACAAAGGCAACUUCGACAAAUGCCCCACCAAUAUGUGGCUAAGCGGACAAAUGCCACUGAAAAUGUUAUCGAUUGGAAACGUAUCCUUUCGCGAGAUCCCUUCGAGUGCUUACAAUCGUUGGUGUGCCAACUUUUGUCAGGUGCUGAAACAAAUGCUAAGGAAUCGGUAAUAAUUUGUGAUUUCCUGGAGGAAAAUAUCAGCUUAGCUCCGGCAAAAAUAGGUCGCGCUUUUAGUCUGGGACUCGCAUUUCGUGGCCAAACGGAACGUUGCUAUGACGAAUAUCCCUUCUGUUGGUAUUCAGCUAAGACAAUGCUGAAGAUGUUAAGAUGGUUUGCCGAUACAGUCAACGAUAACGAUAAGGAGUAG